AAUGAAUCGUAUACUAUUUGAACCACUGAUAAGUGACAGUUGUCAAGAAGCCUAAAUGUCAACAUUAUUAUUUUCAAGCUAAGAUUACAUUAAUUUGAAAUCGUUAAAACGUUGAUUUCACAAAUCAAAAAUGGGUAGAAGAUCGAUAAAUACCACGAAAAGUGGUAAAUACAUGAACCCCACUGAUCAAGCAAGAAAAGAAGCUAGAAAGCAGGAGUUGAAAAAGAAUAAAAAACAGCGACAAAUGGUUAGAGCUGCCGUUUUAAAAGGAAAAGACCCCCAACAGUUGUUAGAGGAAAUGGAAAAAAUAGAUCAAAUGGAAUUUAAUGUUCACCAACCAUCACCUUUAAAUGAAAAAGUUUUAAAAGAUAAAAGAAAAAAGCUUAGGGAUACCCUUGAUAGGGUUUUAAGUAUGUAUCAUAAAGAUGAUCCCGAAAAAUGGGUUGAACUAAAACGAAGACAAACAGAAUAUGAACAUAAAAAAAACCAAUUGGUUUCAUUUUACGAAUCAGUUAGAAGUGCCCAACAAGUCACUGUGGAUGAAAUUCCAUUACCUCAACAACCUCAAAAUCCAUCUUUACAAAUUCCUUUACCUAUUGAAACAAGAAAAGCUCCAGAUAUCCCUAUUUAUUCCAUUGCCACAGCUUUAAAGUUACAAGCAUUGGGUAAAUCUAUAAGGGAACCACCCGGUUGUCCCCCAGGGCCUCCACCGGACAUUAACAGUGAUGGAGAACUUGAGGAGAAUGAUUCAACAGAAACUGAUGAUAUCCAGAAUGAUUUAGACUCUUCACAAGAUGAUGAUAAAGAAUCACCAGUAAAACCAACCUCGUUACAACAAAAAAUGGUGGCUAUUUCUGGUCAAAACGUCGAUGACUUUAUGAAAGAAAUGGAAACUGUGCAAAAAAAGAUGGAAACGGAUAAAGAAGAAGACAUUUCUAAAUUAAAACCAUCGGUAACCGUCGAUGUUCCUACUUCAACUACUUCAAUCAUGGAACCUUUAGAACCACCACCAACCAAUAAACCAAUUCAACCUCCAAUUCCUCCAUUAGUUAUGUUCCCAGGUGGUCCAUUAAGAGUACCUCCAGGACCUCCCCCAGGAAGACCGUUAUUACCACCAGGACCUCCCCCUGGUUUACCACCACCAAGACUACCUUUGAGACUUCCACAUCCACCGGCGAGAAUGAUUAGAAUACCGGGACCACCACCACCUAAUUUGGCACAAUUAGGAACACCGAACGUACUAUCCGCGGGACCACAAUUAAUUAGCAGAAUGGAGGCACCAAAAAGUAUGGGAGCUACGAUUAUGGCUAAACCGCAAAUAAGAAAUUUAAGUGCUGAUGUGACGCGAUUCGUACCUUCAGCCUUAAGAGUCAAGAGGGAAGAUAAAAAGAUGAAGCCAUCGCGGACCAGUUUAAUUAAUGAAUUACGCCAAAAGGACUAUAUCACGCAAAAUAUGCAAAAACAACCUACUAAGGAUGAUGCUUAUAUGCAAUUUAUGAAAGAAAUGCAAGGGUUAUUGUAAUUUUAUUAUUAAAAUAAAAAACAUCGCUGUCUUU